AUUAUGGGAUGUUAAAACAGGCCAAGAACAAGCCAAAUUAAUUGGUCAUAGUGAUUAUAUCCGAUCAGUAUGCUACUCACCAUGUGGAACUACUUUAGCCUCUGGAAGCAAUCAGAUUUUGGGAUGUUAAAAUAGGAUAAGAAAAAGCAAAAUUAGAUGGUCAUAGUGAUUUUGUCUCAUCUGUAAGUUUUUCACCAGAUAGAAUAAUUUUUGCAUCUGGUAGUUAUGAUUAGUCAAUCCUAUUAUGGAAUGUUAAGACAAACUAAAAAGCUAAAUUGUUUGGUCAUACUCAUCAUGUCUAUUCUGUUUGCUUUUCACCAGAUGGAUCUACUUUAGCAUCUGGUAGUGGUGAUAAAUCAAUUCGAUUUUGGGAUAUUAUGACUAGAUAAUAGAAAGCCAAAUUAGAUGGUCAUAAUUCUUUUGUCUAAUCUAUUUGCUUUUCACCGGAUGGAACUGCUUUAGCUUCUGGUAGCGAUGAUAAAUCAAUCCGAUUAUGGAAUGUUAAAACUGUUUAAAAUAUUGAAACUAGAUAUAAAAGAUAUAAAGAUAUUUAAGAAUAAUUUAAAAUUUCACUUUUAAACUAGAAUCAACAACCAUAAAAGGGUAUUCAUUUAUUUUUUUUUAGUUAUGAAUUAUUCAAAAUUUAUUAUUUCCUUAGAACCAACUCUAUAUGCACAAGGUGCUUUAAUUUUAAAAGGAGAAUUUAUAACCUCUUGGGGUAACGAUUUGAAACCAUUUCUAAAAACUUAAGGAGGGGACUUUUUGGAAAGUAAUUUAGAAUAAAUCAAAAUGAAGAAUUGAUUAUUAUUAAAAUUAUUAACAUUAUUUUUAUUUACUUUUAUUGA